AUGGCUUAUAUCCUCGUGUUCAGGGGAUACUCUUCUGUUAAUUCUGCUGAAGGCUUCACGGACGACGAAUCAGACGAGUCGCCGUGUCUGCUGAAUGCAUUAUCCGAUUACGACUGCAACACCGGCGAUCGAAGCUCGGUGUCGUACGGCAGCUUUGGCGAACAGUCAUUCAAAGGUGAACUUCUCAACUGCUCACAGUUGUCUCUGUGCGACGCGUCCACGUCAGCCGCGACCAGGGCUAACGUGUCUCCGAAGGGGACAAUGACCUGCUUGUUCUAUGACAGGAGCGAAGCGGUCGAUUUCGACUGUAACUCGUUGCACGAUAGACAGUCAUCCAAAAGUGACACCGGUUCCAGCUGCAGUCCAGCUGCUGUGGACAAUGCCUCGUCGCCUCUCGUUUAUCCGGUGAUCGAACAGCUACUGAAUCUGCACGUUAGUCCUUCGAAUGACCGCUCGGCAGUCGCAAGACCGACAACCGAGCAUCACUGCAGCGAUCGGAUGGUCAGCGGCUUCGAUGGCAAUAUUAUUAGCCGAAACGGUAACGACUCAAGAGCGCCAGGCCAUGGCUCGACCCGGAACAGAAUCGGUGAUUUCGGUGGUGGCAUUUUCCUCACAGAUCCGUUCAAUUCAGCACCUUCUGCUCACUUGUUCUCAGGAAACAGCGGCGCCUCGUCCGAUUUAGUGAGCCCUGACCAGCACCACCAAUACUGUACGAAGUCUACCAGGGAUUCAGGCACUGAUCGAAGUCUGUGCUGCUGGAUUAAUUCGACUGACAACAAUUCUGGCUGCGCCAACGAUCGUUUCGUUUCUCUAAAGUACGCGAACUCGCUUUCCGGCAUGCAGGAUCAUCAGCAGCAGUGCUGGAGCACCGAGACGAUGUCUCAGGCAGGCACUCUCGAUUUUACGGCUUACUCGUCGUCCCUCGCCUCCUCCGGCUCUUCUCCGCCGUCCUCGUACUCGAACAUGGCUCGCGUGCCACUGCAGCCGCAGCCGUCGCAUCAACCUCACGUGUCUUACUUCGCGCCUCCAGUAGACUCGGCGGCAACUUUCGUCGACUGCAGUUCUCCGUGGUCAUCGUCAUACAUUCCGACCACCUCGCCGGACUUCGAGCUGACCGACGGCCGCGGUGACGGGUUUCAGCGACGACCUCUCUUGUCACCCUCGUAUGGACCUUGCGGUGCACACACGUUUUACAACUACUUGUCCCCGGCUGCUACGGCACCGUUGCCAAUGAAUCACGGCAGUCACGGCUGUUAUUAUAUGAAUCAACCGCCGUUGCCCGCCACCGCGUACCCGGUGUUCGUUCCGCAGAUGAGGCCAUCGCAAGCGGCGUCUAACCUCAUCGCGAAGGAAAUUUUGAGGGACGCCCUGUUGCACGGCGCCUCUCCGAUACCUCCGAUGGCAGCCGCACCGACGUUCGCGUCGUUCCCGUUAGAAUUUCCAUCGCAAAUGAAUCUAUUACACGGGUUCCCUGCUGCGUACAUGAUCGCUCCCCGUUUUCUUCGGAAGAGCGGACCGGCGUUCGAGUUGCACAUUCGUCUUGGAGAAUGCCUCGAACAAUACAGAUUGUUGGAAAGGGAUCGGAAAAAGACCGAGGCGGAUCUGGCUCGUCACAAUCUGGGCAAAAAAAUCAGCAGCAGCAAUAACAUCCCGAUACCUCGACUGCUUCCGAACCCUUCGAGGGUCGACCGACUAGUCGUCGAUUACUUCCGAGAGCACGCAAGGGUGCAAACGCUAAUCGAAAAGAUGGAAUGGCUUCGCUCUGAAUCGCUCUCUGAAAAAGUACACUCGGCGAUGAAGACUUGGUUCCAUUCCUUGAAGGCGGUUCAGUCGUCGCGAAUUCAGGAAAGAUAUGCUGGUUCUAGCGGCAGCACUACAGUCGCUUACGUGCACCGUGCAGACCGCCAGAAUUGCCUUAUCAUGUGCUUUAGCGAUUACGCUGAAGAAGGAAUUGACCGCGGACCACUACAGUUUCCUCAGUGA